AUGACCGAAGCCUCAGUAAUCCAAACUCUUUCCGCUUUCAACCUCUCCACCUUCCGGCUGUUUGUGGCCGGACUGCUCCUGACGGUUGGAGGCAUCGCAGCCCACGUCAUCUACAGCCUCUUCUUCCAUCCGCUCGCCAAGUUCCCCGGUCCCUGCCUGGCCGCAACCACGUCGCUCGUCUACUGGCACCACUGGACCCGCGGUCAUCUCCUGCAAUACCUCGAAUCAGCCCACAGCCAGUACGGCGAAGUCGUCCGCAUCGCCCCCGACCGUCUCAGCUUCACCAAUCCGCAGGCCUGGAAGGACAUCUAUGGCCACGCCUCGGCCAAGCGCAACGCCAACCCCAAGGAUCCCGUCUUCUACGCCCCAGAACACAACGGCGUCCAUUCUUUCUUCACCACCCCCGACGAUGCCGAGCAUGCCCGCGUACGUCGCAUCUUCAGUCACGCCUUCUCCGACAAGGCCCUGCGAGACCAGGAGCAUCUGAUCCGCAUCCACAUCGACAAGCUGAUGCGGAACAUGCGCAACACCGAGGGCGGAAGCUUCGACGCGGUCAAGUUCUACAACUGCACCACCUUCGACGUCAUGGCCGACCUGACCUUCGGCGAGCCGCUUGGACUUCUGGAUGAUUCCGAGUACAACCACUGGCUGUCUACCAUGGUCGGAUCCUUGAAAAACGCCGCCUACAGUGUCGUUCUGGAUGAGUUCCCGCUCGUGAAGAAGGUAGCGCGAUGCUUUGUUCCCAAGGCAUUGACCGAUGCGGAGAGAGAGUCCUUCGAGUAUUCGGCGCAGCGCGUGGCCAAGCGGCUGGAGAAAGGCGCCGUCACCGAACGAGCGGAUAUAUGGAGCCUGGUUCUCAGCAACGAGGAGGGCAAGGGCUUGAGCGUCGAUGAGAUGAACUCCACCGCCUCGAUAUUCAUGGCCGCCGGUUCCGAGACGACGGCGACGCUGCUGUCCGGACUGACGUACCAUCUGCUGAUGGACCCCGACAAAAUGCGCAAACUCGUAGAGGAGAUUCGGGGCCAGGUGCCGAACGAGGAGGACCUGACGAUCGACAACCUUCGACAACUGAAGUACCUGCAGGCCUGCUUCGAGGAGGGUCUCAGGGUCUACCCUCCAGUGCCGUCCGGGCUGCCCCGUGUCACGCCGAAAGGCGGGAACACGGUGCUCGACCACUACGUACCUGAGAACACACGCAUGUUUGUUCCUCAACUCGCGGCAUACCGCUCUCCCAGCAACUUUGCCAAUCCGCUGUCGUUUGUUCCCGAACGCUGGCUCCAUGACGAGCCGGGCUACGAAGAGUACACAGACGACAAGAAGGAGACGUGUCAGCCCUUUUCUUACGGACCAAGGAACUGCAUCGGCAAGAACCUCGCAUACCACGAGAUGCGCCUGAUUCUGGCCAAGACGCUUUGGCAUUUUGACCUCGAACUGUGCCCGGAGAGCCGCGGGACUUGGACGCAGCAGAAGAUGUGGUGGGGUCUCUGGGAGAAGCGCCCGCUCAUGGUGCGCGCAACGCCAGUGAAGCGUUGA